CUAGGGAGCACAACAAGCCAAGCUCCAGGCCCUGCACUGUGUUACGGCACAGCUAAUCGUACAGCAACAUUGUGUUUCAACGUUCUCUGGUGAGGCAACAUCGCCGCCAGCACGCGUAAACGUGUGCCUGUCCCUGUACGGCUAUCUAAGUGGGUCUCUCUGCAGUGCCUGAGAGCUCAUCUCUGCAGGCGUCGCACCGGGACGCGCACGAGUUUCCUCCGAAAGAGAACAGACCAGCAGAUUAGAUGCAAGACGAGAACGCACCGCGCGACGCAACCCUACCGUUGCGAUUGGCAGUCGUCCUGCUCAUUGCAUGCACUCAAGUCGGCGCCACGCAGCUCACCAGCAGAGUCCAGCGUGGCUUAAACGCACCGUUCGCGAUCACCUGGUGCCACGCAUGCUUGCAAGUUCUCUGCUGGCCGGCCGGCAACGUUAGGAGGACGCCUACGACGGACGCUCUUAACAGAAGCGACCUCGCGAUCUUCCCGUUGCUCUUCUUGGGUGCGAAUUACGCAUAUGUCCGAGCGCUCGCUCUGGCGUCGCCUGCCAUCGUGCAGUGCGUCUUCGGCGCCGCACCUGCCGUUGUCUGCGUGCUGUCGAGGCUGUGGCUGAGAGAACCGUUCACGCGACGGCGAGCUCUCGCCGUCGGCGCCGCGUUAUGUGGCGUCGCGCUCGUCGCGGCUCCUUCUGGCUCGGGCAGUCAUCAUCUGACGAUCGGCGCCGUCAUCGCGCUCUGCGCGGUGCUCUGCGCCGCCACGUACAAAGUGCGGUGGAAGCGGCGCUUCGGCGCGCCACCGUCCGAUUUUGUUUUGCGAGCCGUCGGGCUCGUCGGCGGCGCUGUGGCGAUAUGUAGCUUGCCGAUAGCGGUGGCGCUCGCCGCCACCGGCGCCGAGACGCCGCCGGGGCGGUGGACGGCCCACGAUACGUUGAUCGUGCUCGGCGGCGGCGUCAUCGACGUAUUAUACAACUGCUCCAUCGCGCUCGGGCUGUCGGUUGCGUCGCCCGUAUUUGUCGCGACGGGAACAAUCCUGGCAAUUCCUGGCAACGCCGUCGUCGACGCGAUCCUGGACCGCGAGCGGCUCGGCCCGCUACAGCUGCUCGGAGCGGUCGCGGUAAUUGUAGCGUUCGCGGCGCUGGCGUCCGAGCGGCCGACGACGACGCCAGACGAAGAAACCGACGUGGCAAAUCCGCUCGUCGACGACGAGGACGGGGAAACUGUGGUGUAAAUUAUCUG